AUUAAAGCACGUAAUUAUUUGUUGAUAGGAUUAAUUUCAUCUUAAUUUUAAUCACAUGCUAUUACAACACAUGGCAUUCAACAAUAAUACAAAAACCUUGAAAAACCUCAACAAAAUUUAGUUCACUACAAUAUUGUCAAACUUCAAAUGGGUUUCUUAACAAAACGUUAAUUCUACAACAUGUAAAAACACCAACCACCAACCAAAGCAAGGUAGCAAUUUCACAAACAGUUCAAAUGCUUCCAAAAAAGCACACGAUGUGUGCUCUUCUAUGCUUUUGUGUUGCAGAUAUUGACGUGGAAAGUGGGAUUUUCCUUAAGGUUCAUCUUCAGUCUCAGUUUCGUAAGAGUAGCCCUAAUUUUAUUUUGACCAGAAGGGUUGCUUCAGACCAGGAUUUGACUGGGUGGGUUGGCAGUUGCUACGCAUUUGUUCCAUGCUUUUCGUGCUGUGCUGGAGUUGCAAGCUGUUUCUAUAAUUAGGAGGAGAGUAGACUUUAGAAUUCGUCUGUUUGCAUUGCUUUGUUGGAAUAUUUUUACAUCCUUUUUUUUUAAUUAUCUUUUAAGCAACUAUGUUUUCAUUUGGCUUGUGACCCAGCUUGGAUUUUGCUUGCUUUAACAAUGGCAUCUCCAGCUCCGUUGCUAUGUCUUGGAUAGAGUUUGUCUUUGCAACUCUAGAUGCGAAUCUUUGUGAGCUGUGUAUCUUGCACUACAGAGACAAUCGUCAGUGAUUGUUUCUGCAAAUUUAUGGUUCGUAGAGUUUUGGUUUUCAGGAAGCUCUGUGUCGGUGAUUGAUGGCUGACCUGGUUACUGGGAAGUAUGCCUUCUCACGCUUGAGAGGUGACGAGCCAUCGGGAUUUGAUGCGGAAGGCUCUAGCGAGGAAGAUAUGAGCGCAAUCGAUGAUUGAGGACGAAAUUUCACUGGUUUUUCGUAAUUGGGAGUCUUCAAUUUCAUAUGAUAAAGUCAGAUACGUUCCCAAACUGUGAGAAUCCAAUGAACUCAAACUAAGUAUUUAUUCAGCGUUUCUGGGUUUUCAGAAGUGCCGAAUAAAUACUUAGUUUUUGAUGCUAAUAUCAAAUGUCCUACUGCUGGGUUUAACCGUUUUGUGGCACACUGCUGAAUUUCAGUGUCUCUGUAACCCUAAUUUUACUCCAAUUGAACCCCUCCUUACGAAGCUUUGCACAAUGGAAUCUUUUUAUAUGGUUGCUGUGCCCAUCUGAACUAUCACUGCUGGUGAUUGGAACUCCAAUGUCCGUAUUUGUUUUACUUUUCGCGUAAGAGUAAAAUCCACUGUGCACUUUAUGGCAUGCGUAUCCUCUACAAGCUUAAAAUUGAUGUGCAAGAAGUCUUCAACCGAAAAAUUAAGCUUAUGGUGGAUGUCGUAUUUUGUAAAUUGGAGACCUGAGCGCAAGGUGUUGCCGGAUGUUAUCUAGGAUGCUAUCAUAUCCCACCUUCUGAUGAUGUUUCAUUAACAGCAGAGAAGGGUCUCAUGCCAAUCAAUCACAUUAUGAAAUUGACAUGGCAGAUGAAGAGGGGAGGGACGAUGUGGAGGGGACGAGCUCGCGGGAAGAAGUGGAAAUCACCAAUGAUGGGACUGUGGACUUCCGAGGACGGCCAGCUAUCAGGGCAAAGACCGGGGGUUGGAAGACAUCCUGGUUUAUAUACUGUUUUUGUGGUGUGCCAGCCAACCAGGUGUUCGCAAAUAUGGGUUUUUACGGGUGCUCUGCCAAUCUGGUCAGGUACCUGACAUCUGUGAUGCACCAAAGCAACGCGACAGCAUCAACGAACGUGAGCAACUGGAAUGGAGUGGGCUAUAUCACUCCCCUCAUUGGAGCAUUUCUGGCGGACGCUUACUGGGGACGUUACUGGGCCUCUUUUGUCUUUACAUUCAUCUUCGUUAUUGGCAUGAUCUUUCUCACAGUUUCGGCAUCCCUACCAUCACUACGGCCCCAGCAAUGUGCCACUCAAGACUUGUUGUGUCCUCAACCAUCCUCUGCUCAAGCAGCCUUCCUAUUCUUCUCCUUGUACAUAGUAGACCUUGGAGCGGGUGCUUUCCAAUGUGUGGUUACACCUUUGGGAGCGGAUCAAUUCGACGAUGAAGAUCCUGAGGAGAAAGCUCAGAAAACUUCCUUCUUCAAUUGGUACUACCAGUCGAUGAAUAUGGGAGGGCUCUUAGCUGGGACCUUUUUAAUUUACAUUCAAGAUAACGUGAGCUGGGGCUUGGGGUUUGGCGCAUCUCUCAUCGCCGUCGUCAUCGGGACGAUGUGUUUUCUUGGAGGCACUCCAUUUUACCGGCACAAUCUACCUGGCGGUAAUCCCAUUACCAGAAUUACUCAAGUGAUUGUUGCAUCAGUUAGGAAGUGGUAUAUCAAAAUCCCCAUUAGCAGUGAACUUUACGAGGUUCCGGAGGAGAUGGAGUCCAUCAUUCAAGGCAGUCGCAAAAUUCGGCAUACAAAUGAAUUCAGGUUUCUGGACAAGGCAGCCGUGGAGAUGGAUGGGGACAAAAGUGAUGACAGUUCUGCCAAUCCAUGGAGACUUUGCACCAUCACUCAAGUUGAAGAGGUAAAAGUCCUUGUCCGGAUGAUUCCCAUCACAAUCACCAGCGCCAUGUUCUCCACUAUCUACAAUCAGAUGUCGACUGUCUUCGUCCUUCAAGGCGCAACUAUGGAUCUUCGAAUGGGAUACUUCAACAUCCCUCCUGCGUCUCUCACCGUGGUUGAGCUUCUAAGUGUUUCUGUCUGGGUGCCAAUCUACGAUUUUUUUCUAAUCCGCCUUGCUUCGAAAUUCACAAAUAACCCGCGAGGGUUCACCGAGCUCCAACGCAUUGGAAUUGGGCUCUUAAUCUCGGUGUUCUCAAUGGUAGCAGCUGCCUUGUUGGAGAUCCAACGCUUGGAAGUGGCUCGACUGCAUGAACUCCUAGACGACCCCACGGUUCCUGUCCCACUGAGCGUCUUCUGGCAGAUACCUCAAUAUUUCUUUGUCGGAGCUGCGGAAGUGUUUACCUACGUGGGGAUCUACGAAUUUUUUUAUGGGGAAAGUCCCGAUGCCAUGCGGGGAUUGGGCACUGCUUUCGCUUUGCUGACUGUUGCCCUUGGGAGUUUCCUGAGCAGCGUGCUGCUAACGAUUGUGACGCACUUCACCAGCAAGGAUGGCGCUCCAGGUUGGAUCGCAGACAAUCUCAACAGGGGCCACUUGGAUUACUUCUUUUGGCUACUAGCGGGCAUGAGCACUGUCAAUCUCGUGUUUUAUGUAGUAUGCGCCAGAUGGUACACAACAAAGCAGACGUGGGGCCCUUCCAAACCGGCAACUCUUUCUUCCGGGACGCAAUAACUUUAACUCAUUGAUUACCCUGCUAUUUUAGUGUUCUUUCAAUCUGAUAUAUGAUACAAAUCAACACAAUAGUUGAUGGAUGUUCAUCAGGUCAUUUUUUAGCAGUGAAGCCUAGUUGAUUUCAGGUCUCUGCGAGAUUACUAUAUCCAUGAAGAACUGCGAUGGAACAUUCUUUGUAUUCAUUUAUUUCUAGUUCCUUUUUUAGGAGCCAUAUGUCGAUUUGGAACUCGAAGAGAAGGUUCGUUGAUCGAAACAUCAGUGCUCUCGCUCCUCCAAUUUUUGUUAUUGACCUCGUCUUUGGAGACAUACAACUGCUUUUGGCCUUGGGUGGGAAGUCAUGUGAGAUGCAAGCAUUGUGAGCACAAUCGUAGAUCACAACGACUCUGAGGCUCUUGAGGUUACUCAAGAAGUUUCUAUCGCCAUUCCCGACGCAACUGAAUACCAACAGGCUGGAGGUGUGGAGCAGCCGCUUGAAUAUCCCCUUCAGCAUGUGCUACACCUCCACAAAGUCCUGUGUGGGGUGCCGAAGUUUCCACACAAAUCCCGAAGUGUGGCCUCCUGGCAUCGUAACAUCGUAGCUAUGCACAGUAAAACGAUUUCACCUUGCUGUGUGGAUACUCAUUGAAUGAAGUGAGUUUAAGGCUAACGGGUAUAGAGACCUCCGCAAGUCUCCGACCACAAGAAGCCCGCCUCCGUACUACCUCACCCGGGGGCGUCAUAAAAUUUGGGAUUGUCACAUGCACUUUGCCUCAGCAUCAUCUCCAGACGUCGAAAACGCAUAAUCGAUGGACGCCACUGCUAGUCCGCUAAGUUAUGUAGGCAAUACGACCCAUGAGCUCGUCACCAUGUGGAGAUGGAACACUAGUAAUAUGCCUGCAACUAUAACAUUGGAUACUUCGAAUGGGAGAGGAAAUGAAUUUGGAAAGAGAAGCUGCACAGCUCGGAGUCUAUGAAGAAUUCCUGAGUACCGAUCUAUCGUUCAGCUGCUCGAGCAUUGUCAUUUUGGUCUUGUGGGUCUUGUGUGCCGUGUUCUGCUAGACAUCCUCAUUACCAUUACAGACAGUCACCGGCAACAGGUGCACAGCAAGGGGAUGAUGCCCAGUGUAGAGUUCAGUCUUUCAGUUUUGAAAUCUUUCUGUUGCAGCUGCUAGAUUUCAGAGCUGAUUUUAUUCAUGACUUUAUUAGACGAACUUCCCACAAACUGAAUUUAUGUGCGGAUUUAUGGUAA